AUGUUGCCAGCAGGAGACAUCGAGGAGAUGGAGCUGGGAGAGCAGGAGCAGAAAGCACCUAAAGGAGACAGAGCCAUCACGCUGCUCUACGUGCUCCUGGCCCUCACCUUCGUGGUCUUCAUGGCUCUCACCAUUGUCAACCUCCAGAGAGUCUCCAUGGCAUGGGAAGCACUGGAAGAGGCCAGGAUGUGGAGUGAGAGCAGCCACACAACAGCGUGGCACAACCUCUCGCAGGUCCAACACGCCCUUGACAAGCAGCUUUCUGGCGAGCUCAAGGCCAUUCACAUCCGGCUCCUCAAUGUGUCUCAGGAGGUGGAGAACGUGCAGUCGAGGAUGAGCCAGUGUGAAGCAGAGUGUGGGAAGGAGCUGUUGGGUCGCCUCCAAGAGCUGGAGGGAAGGGACGCGCUGGAGCCGGUGCUGGGGCAGCUGGAGGGGGUGAAGCGGGAGCUCUCCAUGGUGCUGGAGGAGACGCGCAACCUCUCCCGAAUCCUCUGCACGACGUGUCCCGCCGGUUGGCUGCAGUUUGCCAGGACCUGCUACUUCUUCUCCAGCAGCACCAAGUCCUGGUUGGCAGCGAAGGACUUCUGCGGCAACCUCAAUGCUCACUUGGCCGUCGUCAGCUCCGAGCAGGAGAAUAAAUUCCUGGCAAAUCACAUCAUGGAGAACCGGGUCUUCUGGCUGGGCCUGACGGACACCUACAGGGAAGGCCAGUGGCAGUGGGAGGACGGCAGCUUCCUCUCGAUCUCGUACGUUUUGGGCCCCAUCGGAGGGUUCUGGAAUAGCGGUGAACCCAACAACGUGGGGCAACACGGGGAGGAUUGUGCCACCAUCUUCUCCAAUGGGCUCUGGAAUGAUGUGUCCUGUUCCAAAACAGAGGCUUGGAUCU